CAAAACAAAGUUUGGCAUGGUCAGGACUCAAAAUAAUAGCUGUUUGAGGUUUGUUAAUAUUGUAAUUAUUUGCUUAGGAUGGUACCACUUCAGCACCCGUCCCCAGGGGCCCGCCCUCCGCUUCGCUCGCGCUCGCCCAUUGGCAGAAACGCGGAAGCACUUCCACCAAUCCGCUGGACUCCGCAAGACCCGGACAGGGGGCGGAGCCAAUGGGCGCAGGAUUACAGUCGCCUGGAUACGCUGUAAACAGUGGAGGUUUCUCGAGCCUCGCAGCCCCAACAGCCGAGUAACCGUUACAGACCCUAACUCGGUCCGGCGCUUGCUGCCCGCCGCCCCGCCCCGCCGAGGCCCAUGGCGCAAAGCAGGGAAGGAGAAGAGAGUCCUUAUGCUGUCUCUUCCCCCAGCGGCGCGACGCUGUCGAUGGGUGCAAGGAUUCCCUAAGCAGAAUGUUCAUUUUGUUACCGAAGACACCAUUUGCUACCCUAGUGGGAAUUAUGUAAUAUUUAUUAAUAUUGAAACCAAGACAAAGACUGUACUCCAGUGUAUUAAUGGAAUUGUGGGCGUCGUGGCAACUAACAUUCCUUAUGAAGUUGUGGCUUUUUCUGACCGGAAGCUAAAACCCAACAUCUACAUAUACAACUUUCCUGGAUUGACCAGAAGGACCAAAUUAAAAGGCAACAUUCUUCUGGACUACACUUUACUUACCUUCAGUUACUGUGGCACCUACUUGGCUAGUUACUCCUCUCUUCCAGAAUUUGAACUGGCCCUCUGGAACUGGGAAUCCAAUGUCAUCUUGUGCAAGAAAUCCCAGCCUGGUCUGGAUGUGAGCCAGCUGUCUUUUAAUCCCAUGAACUGGCGCCAGCUCUGCUUAUCAAGUCCAAGUACAGUGAAUGUGUGGACCAUCGAAAGAAGUAACCAGGAGCAUUAUAUCAAAGCAAGGUCGGUAAAACUGCCUCUAGAAGAUGGCACAUUUGUUAAUGAAACAGAUGUGCUUUUCCCCCACUCAUUGCCCAAGGAUCUCAUCUACGGACCUGUGCUGCCACUGUCAGCCAUUGCUGGGCUAGUAGGUGAAGAGGCAGAAACUUUCCGGCCAAAAGACGAUUUAUAUCCUUUGCUUCACCCCACUAUGCAUUGCUGGACUCCAUCAAGUGACCUGUAUGUUGGCUGCGAAGAGGGUCAUCUUUUAAUGAUUAAUGGAGAAACCUUAAAGGUGACCGUGCUCCAAAAGAUAGAAGACAUGACACAGUCAGAACCUCAUCAUAUCAGCCCAGUCAGCCUGGUGUAUCAGAAAGAUGGAGUGUUUGCUUCUGGAAUUGAAGGCUCUGUGUACUCCUUCAUUAUUAAAGAUUCAAGUUAUAAAGUGGAGACUUUUCUUGAGACUGAAGGGCCUGUAGAACAUAUGCUGUUUUCUCCCAGUUACAAAAUGUUGCUGAUUCAAACAGACAAGGGAUCUGUUUAUAUCUACACUUUUAAUGAGAAGCCAACCUUAGAAAAAGUCCUAGAUGCUUGUGAUGGGAAAUUCCAAGCAAUUGACUUUAUCACACCUGGAACCAAAUACUUCAUGACAGUCACACAUUCAGGGGAAGUUUGUAUUUGGUGGAUGGAGGAUUGUAUUUGUGAAAGCAGGAUUUAUCUGAAUACUCCAACCACAGCCCUGGCUUGCUCUCCCUCCUCCCACUCCGCUGUUGUGGGGACUGUGGAUGGUUACGUGUACUUCCUGGAUGUCCAAGAGGUGGACUCCCCUGGGGUGAUCCACAAGGCCUUCCUCUCCAAGUCUGCUGUGCAGCACCUCAUUUUUGACCAGCGAGGAAUAUUUCUGUUUGUUGGAUCCUCAGAAGGAAACAUCUUUAUUAUGAAUGCCAAUCCUUCAAGCUCAUUUGAGAUCCUAGGAUUCGUAGAGGUGAGCAAGGACAUUCUACAAAUAUCCACGGUGUCUCUUUUGGAAGUAGACGUGGUACAAGUAUUGGUGCUUUCUUCACUUCCAGAUGCAGAAAAAAGCAGGUUGGAAUUAUUUACUGUGCCCAAAAUACUACCAACAGUUUCUGAAAGCUUCACUGAUGAAAGAGGGAAACUGAAAGAGGAGCUGAUUCAUUUGAACCUGUAUGAGAUGGAGCACACUCUGUCCUCUGCAGUCUUGGACUUUCAAAGUAACCAAAUAUAUGGCUUCUGUAAUCAAGCACCGUACAUCUGUAGCUAUCUUCUUCCUGAAAAACAGGAAGAUACCAAGGUUUGUAUUCUUAAGCCACACCAAAAAGUGCAAAGCAAGCAUUAUGGAACUGGAAUGCUCUAUCUAUCUUGGCAUGGAUUGUGGCUCAUAACAAUAGCUAAAUGUGGAAUUCUGUGUAUCCGAGAUAUUUAUACUUUGGAAACAUUUGCUCGGUGUCGGAGUCAUUCUCAUCAGGCGCAUGGGAUUCAGUCCAUGAGAAUUUCAAUGGAUGGACAAAGUAUUCUGGUGAAUGGGAAAGAUGACAGCACCCUGGUUUACCUAAAAUGGAAGCGCACUGGAGGAAUUUAUGGCGAUGAAUGUAUUGAUUAUUUCCAGAAACUACUUACAUUUCUGAGCAAGACCAUAGCAGAGGAGAAUUAUUAUUUAAACUCUCCAAGAGUUUCUUUAGAUUUGGGAUAUGACUUUAAAUAUUCAAUUGACUCGUCACAAGAAGAAUUAGCCACUGAGGAGAGUAAGAAGGAAAUUCCCUGGAUACAAUGGAAAAGCCAAGAGGCAGUCGAAAAGGAAAUUAAAAUGUUUUCCCAGAAAAGGAAAGAGAUAAGAAGAGGAAUCAAAGAACUUGCUAAAACUGUUCUGAAUAUGAUGGAAGAAAAUGAGAAACUGGAUAAUAUUGCAAAAUUAGAACAACAGGAGUUCGGCCUGGAUCUUGAGGAACUGGAAAGGCUCCAUGAAGAAAGUGAAGAGGAGGUGGCCAAGAUAAGAAAGGAUGUAGAGAUGCACAAUCUAGCCAAGGGCUACUUGACUGAGGUUAUCAAAGAAGAAUGCUGGAAUGCCAUGGCUGUGAAGGGCCGAGCACUUAAGUGCUUUCACAUCCCUUAUGUGGUCGAGAACUUCCCGAUGAAAGAGCGCUCAAGUGAAGAGCUGAAGGAAUUGAAGACAGUCUUGCAGCAAAAGAAGAUUGAAGCAGAGUGUCUUAAACUACGGAAGGAAAUUUCAGAGGUUCAAUCUGCAGUCUCCUUGGUUAAAAAGCGUCAUGAAGAAGAUGAUGAAGAAGAAGAAGAUGAAGAUAAGAUAAUCAGAGACUCCAACUUGCCCAAUUACCUGCUUGGUAGUUUGAGUACUGAUUUUGGGGUAGAUACCUCUUUGUUAUCAAGCCAAUUGGAACUUCACUCCAGAGAGGAGAAGAUCAACCAAAUUACCUUACUAAAAGAUAUCAUUUACAAGGUAAAAACUGCUUUCAAUAAUGAGUUUGAUGCUGCAUAUAAACAAAAAGAGUUUGAAAUCACACGUGUGACGGAAAGAAAUGUUAGAAUUAGAGAAAUUAUUUCAGAUCUGGAGUUGGAGGAAACAGUCUGGCAACCAGAAUUUGAAGACUGUGAGAAACCAGAGAGAACCUUUGUUGUAGAGGAUCAUGAGAUUACAGCUCAAAAACAUGUUUCUCCAUGGCAAAAAGCCAAAACAGAAUUGAUUUCACCCCAUGAAACAGAGCGAUGGCUUCAUUCACAGGAUUUGGACGUUAGAAACAGAGCCCUGAUGGACAUGAUGGGAGGUGUUCUGGAAGUCAAGAAGGAAGACAUUUUGAGAAUGGUGAUUCCUCAGCCUGCUUUCAUGAUAAAGCCUGAUGCACUGUGGACAGAAGAGGAAAGGAAACAAUUCAAAGAAUAUGAGAAAAAAGUCAAGGAGUUAAAUGAAGAAAGAGAUAAGUAUAGAAAGUCAUUAGAAACAGAAUUGAAGAAACUUCAAAACUCAAUUCAAGAAAGCACACAGAGCUUUGAUGAACUUUUGAAAAAACUCUUUGAAAGAAGAGUGAAGGCCGAGAUGGUUAUCAACCAGGAGGAAUUGAAAAUAAAUAACCUUGUGUUUUCUCUACUGUUGGAAGAGGAAUUAACCUCCAGAGAAAUUUUCCUGAACAACUACCUUGUAAGGAAGCAGCAGGAGAAAAACCAGACUUCGGAAGCCAUCCAGAAAUCUAGAGAAGAACUGGAUGCAUUUAAGGAGCACUAUGACAACUUAAUGGCAGAAGACAAGGUUCUGGAUCGAAGCUUUAAAAAGGAAUUUUCUGAAAUUCCCAGUCAUCAGGUGGAUCUACUCUACAAACUUUUUAAACGCCGACCAAGGAUUCACAAACAGAAAGCACACACAGAGGCAGCCAGUAGUACCCCAUUUGGAGAACGACCGGGAUCUGGCAAGUUGAAUAAGGACACUUUUGCCCACUUAAUGAAAGCCAUGGAUGAGUUGGAUAAUAUUAACAACAUGCCAGAAGGCUUGGACCCUUCAGUCUGGGAUCAUUUCUGUGCAACCAGACGAGCAAAAGUUGAAAAUGAACACAAAAUUACAGGACGAGAAAGUGAAAUUCCAGUUGAAUUUGACCAUCCAAAUUCUUCUUAAGCAAGGACAAGUAGAACUAGAGAAUUUCCAACUAAUCCUGGAGUAUUCUGAUGCAAUUCUCAUGAAUAAGACCAUAAUUGAAGACUUGAAUUCUGUAAUUCGGGUAGUUAUACUUUACAUUAUUCCCUCAUUUCCAGGACAAAUAAAUUUUUUAUCUUUAUUUUUAUGUGGUGUUGAGGAUCAAAAUGAGCAUGCUACCGCUUGAGCCACAUCCCCAGCCCCAUGACAAAUAAUUUUAAUCCUGAUAAUCCGUGAUAAAUCAUAACAGUUGCUGCACAUUAGAAUAACCUGUGCAUAGAUCCUAUCUCCAGGUAUGAGUAUUUUUUAAAACUUCCACAGAUAAUACGUUAAGACAUGGAGUUAAAUGUUCAUUCUAACAUGGCAUAGUUUUAUUCACUGUUAAUGUAAUUUUCAUUAGUCUGUAAUUUAAGUAGCGUUUAAUAAUGUCUCUGAUUACAUUUCUAAUUUUGGAUAAUUGAGUUUUUGGUUUUUCCUAUUCAAGCUAAAGUUUUGCCAAUUCUGUUAAUUAUUUUUCCCCAAGAACCAACUUUCUGUUCUAAUCUUCUUGAUGGCCUUGGAUUAGUUUGUUCUUUUUCUAAUGCCAUAAGUUAUAAAGUUAGAUUGCUGAUGCAAGGUCUGUCUUCACCAAUUGGUAAAGGUCAAAUAAUAUAAAACAGUAAAGUGAAGAUAGUGUCUAUAACUGCAUCCUACAAAAAAGAUGACUGAUGGAAAGCACACGGGAGAAGUAGCUCUAAAGUAUCGUCUCAGGCCUGGCGCUCCAAACAUCUGAGGCCAGAAGGUUAUUUGUUGCAGAAGACGGCUCUGCACUCUGCAGGAUGAUUAGCAGCAUGCACAGCCUUUACCUACUGGGUACCUAUAGUAACCCCUCCAGUUGUGUCAACCAGAAAUGUCUCUAGGCAUAGCAUAAGCACAUUGUCCCCUGAUGAAGGGAUGUUUCGCCCAGUUGAGAAACAGUGUUCUGAAAAAAUGUUUUAACUUUACAUUUUGGAGCUAUUGAUGAUAAAUAUCAGAGGUAUGACCAUGGGAGGUAGCCAGCUGAAGUGCAAGGGAGAAAAGGUCACGGAAAGUAAGGAAAUGAGAGGCCCAGACUACAAUCAGAAGAUGAAAGUAAUAGAAAAGAGAGAUGGUAUGACCUUUGAACAGCUAGACUGGAAAAGAGAAAAAUGUAAAAUCUUAAAUUAAUACAAGAAUGUUAAUUGUCUUAGAAACACCAUUGUUUUAUUAUUAGCAGUCUUGGAGAAUAAUUUCUUUAAAAAUUUCCUGAAUUUGCCAGGUGUGGUGGCGAACAUACAUAAUCCCAAGAACUUGGGAGGCUUGAGGCAGGAAGAUGACAAAUCCAAAGCCAGUUUCAGCAACUCAGUGAGGCCCUUAUCAAUUUAGCAAGUUUGAGAUAGGGCUCAGCGGUUAAGCAUCCCUGGGUUCAAUCCCUGGUACCAAAAUUUUUUUUUU